AUGGCCCGGCAAGAAGCACCUUAUGGGAAAUGGGUCCCUUCGGAAAGUAUUUCAGGCGGAAAUUUCAGUCUGCAAGGAGUCCAAGCCAAUCCAUCUACAGGAAAAAUAUAUGCGCUUGAGUCGCGCGCGGCUGAGGGGGGGCGAUACACGAUUGUCGAAAUAUCAGACUCAACAACCAGGGAAAUACUUCCUGCGGAAUACAGUGCAAAGGGCACAAUCCAUGAAUACGGAGGUGGCUCUCUCGCCAUGUACCCAAAUGGCAAAUUAAUUUUCACCAACUAUCCAACCAACGGUGUCUUCUUGCUUGAUCCGCAGUCUGGAACGGUCGAAAACAUCGUAUCUCCUGAUGCCUCGAAUCGAUUUAGCGAUUUCCACGUCUAUCCUCCAACGCAGGAAUGGAUUCUUGCUGUCCAGGAAACGCAUGAGACCAACGAGUCUAGUGAGCCCAUUGUGACAAAUACCGUUGUGGCCAUUCAUGCUGCUACGGGUGAUGUGAACUUCGUUGCUAAGGGCGCGGACUUUUAUUCGCAUCCUAAGUUUAGUCCGGAUGGGAAACAGGUUUCUUGGGUUGAAUGGAAUCAUCCCGAUAUGCCAUGGACGGGCUCUGUACUCCACUUGGCUCCGUGGGAGCCGGGAAAGCUUCUGGACUCGACUGUGGUGGCGGGUCAGGCAGGCGUCGAGAGUAUCUGCCAGCCGCGAUGGAGGUUGGAUGGAACCCUGUUUUUUGUUAGUGAUAGAACGGGCUACUGGCAGCUAUACCGAUUCGAUGGGAAAGCCUCACAUCAUAUACAACUUGAAGGGCUUGGAUUGGGAGAAUUUGGAAGCAGGGAGCCUUUGUUGGGAAGUUGCACAUAUAUUCUCAUGGAUGAAAAGACCAUUGUUGCGAGCGUCAUUCAGAACGCAACCUCUAACUUGAUCAGAAUCGACCUGGAGUCCAAUUCAUGGAAGGAUUUAUCUAUUGAUCUUGUCGAUAUCCUGAGGAAUGCUCUGGCGUGUGUCUCGCCCACAUCUUUCGCGGUGAUCGGAAGCACUCGGACAGUUCCGCAGGCAUUAUACCAUGUUGAAUUGAGUGACGGCGUGUCUGUAAACGCGAUCCGAGCAACAGUUAAGAAACCCAUUUCAGAAAGUCUGAUUUCCCAGGCACGCCACGUCACAUUCCCCCGGACUUACAGCAACACUUCCGACAAAGGCCAUGCCCUAUUUGUCCCACCCAAAAACCCUGAAUUCGAAGCACCGGCUGGAACACUGCCGCCCUUGAUUGUAUGGAUGCACGGUGGUCCCGUCGGUCACGUCACUCCAGAACUCGACUUUAAAACCCAAUACUGGACUUCACGAGGGUACGCGUACGUGCUCGUCAAUCAUGUCGGAUCCACGGGAUAUGGCCGAGCAUAUCGCGCACUUCUUGACGGUGCGUGGGGAGAAGCCGAAAUUGCCGACGCCGCAAGCUGUGUGUCAUAUCUCGCUUUGGAGGGGGUGAUCGAUGUGACCAAGGUUGGAAUUGUGGGCGAGAGUGCUGGCGGUUAUUCUGUUAUGCAAGCGCUCUAUACUUACCCCGAUAUCUGGGCUGCAGGGAUUAGUCUAUAUGGAAUAAGUUCUUUGCAAGGAUUUGCGGAGCUGACGCACAAGUUUGAGAGUCAUUAUAUUUUGGGCCUUGUGCUGGGCAAGGGUGAGUGGAGUGAUGAGGCGCGUCAGGCGAGAUACAGGAAGCGGAGUGCACUCUACCAUACGGAGAAAAUCAAGGCUCCUUUGUUGCUUUUACAGGGUGAUAUCGAUACGGUUGUUCCUGUUUCGCAGGCGACAGAGAUGGAAGAGGCGAUGAAGAAAUCUGGCAAGGAGGUUGAGCUUGUCGUUUUUGAAGGGGAGGGACAUGGUUGGCGUAAGGGAGAAACGAUUCGAGCUUCCACUCAGUUGGAAACGAAAUUUUGGGCAGCAAAUUUACUCUAG